GCGCGGCGCGCGGACCGGGCAGCUGUUUGAGCCCGCCGAGCUCCACGGUGAAAAAAAAAAAAAAAAAAGCAAGUGUAUAAAGGGAAGGUAGUAAGAGACAUUUCCUCAAAUUUGCAUCACGAUGGAAACCUUUUGCCUCAAGGUGUCCUUCUGGGUAGCGCUGGUUGGAUGUGUGAUCAGUGAUAAUCCUGAAAGCUACAGCACAAACCUAAGUACUCCAGUGGAUGAUUUCACCACUUUUCGUGGGACAGAGCUCAGCUUCCUCGUUACCACUCAUCGACCCACUAAUUUGGCCCUACCUAGCAAUGGCUCAAUGCACAGCUAUUGCCCACAGCAGACUAAGAUUACUUCAGCUUUCAAAUACAUUAACACUGUGAUAUCUUGUACUAUUUUCAUCGUGGGAAUGGUGGGGAAUGCAACUCUGCUCAGGAUCAUUUACCAGAACAAGUGUAUGAGGAAUGGCCCCAACGCGCUGAUAGCCAGCCUUGCCCUUGGAGACCUUAUCUAUGUGGUCAUUGAUCUCCCUAUCAAUGUGUUUAAGCUGCUGGCUGGGCGCUGGCCUUUUGAUCACAAUGACUUUGGCGUAUUUCUUUGCAAGCUGUUCCCCUUUUUGCAGAAGUCCUCAGUGGGGAUCACCGUCCUCAAUCUCUGCGCUCUCAGUGUUGACAGGUACAGAGCAGUUGCCUCAUGGAGUCGUGUCCAGGGAAUUGGGAUUCCCUUGAUCACUGCCAUUGAGAUCGUCUCCAUCUGGAUCCUUUCUUUUAUCCUGGCUAUCCCUGAAGCUAUCGGCUUCGUCAUGGUGCCCUUUGAAUACAGGGGUGAACAGCACAAAACCUGUAUGCUCAAUGCCACAUCAAGAUUCAUGGAGUUUUACCAAGAUGUGAAAGACUGGUGGCUCUUCGGGUUCUAUUUCUGCAUGCCCUUGGUGUGCACUGCAAUUUUCUACACCCUCAUGACCUGUGAGAUGUUAAACAGAAGGAACGGAAGCUUGAGAAUUGCCCUCAGUGAACACCUUAAACAGCGUCGAGAAGUGGCAAAAACAGUUUUCUGCUUGGUGGUAAUUUUUGCUCUUUGCUGGUUCCCUCUUCACUUAAGCCGUAUUUUGAAGAAAACCGUGUAUGAUGAGAUGGACAAGAACCGAUGUGAAUUACUUAGUUUCUUGCUGCUCAUGGAUUACAUCGGUAUUAACUUGGCAACCAUGAAUUCAUGUAUAAACCCAAUAGCUCUAUACUUUGUGAGCAAGAAAUUUAAAAAUUGUUUCCAGUCUUGCCUCUGCUGCUGCUGUUACCAGUCCAAAAGUCUGAUGACUUCGGUCCCCAUGAAUGGAACAAGCAUACAAUGGAAGAACCACGAACAAAACAACCACAACACAGAGAGGAGCAGCCAUAAGGACAGUAUUAACUAAACAGCUUAAGAAACAUUAAUCAAUAUUCCUUCAAAGUCUGUUGAAGAGAAAAAAAAUCACGCAGCAACUGUGUUUCCAGAAAUCUUUUCUCCAAGUCUUCUCCCAUGAUGCAACCCCAACCCCAGAAAAAUGCUUUCCAAAACAUCAGAGGGUGGACUGGCUUAUAGUCACAAAUUCAAUGAAUCUUUCUUCUUUAAUUUAUCUAAUUUACAUAUUCUGCAUGUUAUAUUCAGCACCAAAAAAUGUUGGGAGUUAGCAGGGAGAAAGGAGACUGUUCAAUUAAACCAGAAGGAUAUUUGCUACUUUUGCAUGAAAAUAGAGUCUCCGAGUACUUAACAGCUUCCAUGGCAGUUCUGUGGAAUAUUCCAUGAGAACUGGUCAUAAUGAAAAUUUUGCAAUCUUGACAAGGUUUUCUUUUUUUUAAUUGGCCAAAGACAGUAAGAUGAGCAAUUAGGUUAAUGUUUUUCAUGUCACUUUUUUUAUUUUUAAAACAUCAAUUCUCAAGCUGCAACAAAUACAGCCACUUAAAGCACAGACUGAUAUCCACAUGUGGCAGUUUAAUAGCUGCUAUUCAAAGAAUUGUUAAGAACCUAUAUAUAUAUAUAUUUUUUUUUUUAAUGGUGUUUCAUUACAGGAGAUCUGGAGCAUAUUUUUAUGUUAAAUUUUAAAAUAAUGCUUGAAUCGAAUAAUUCUAUUUUUUGCAAACCCAAUCUUUUUAAAAUGUAGAUAUUUUGUGUAAAACCAAUGUCAUGUACCAAAAUGUAAAUGUACAAAUCAUUCAACUAUACCCAAGAUUUUCAGUGGAAUGUAUUGAAGUCUAAAGCACACUUCAUAGAAAAAGAUUGAAUCUUUUUUGAAGAUUUGGAAAUUUUCACUGAGACUUUGUUUUUUUGGUCAUAGUAACAUGUGUGUGUAUGUAUGUGCAUAUAG